AUGAAUUACUCAAUGCCUCUUGUCGGGCACAGCUUGGCCAUCUUCAUCUGCGCGGCAGUAAUGAUGGGGGUGAGUAUCAUGGCGGUCGCCUUGCGCACGUUUGUUCGUCUUUACUCGGUCCAUGCCUUUGGGUGGGACGAUGCCCUGAUGGUAAUCGCAUUGGCAUUCUUCAUAGCUCUGGACGCAUGCUGGAUGGUUGCCUCCAAGCGAGGAGUUGGCCACAAGAACGAGGAAUUUACCAAUAUUGAAACACUAGAGCAAGCACUUCGAUGGUGGUGGAUCUGUCAAACGCUCUAUAGCUGGUCUGCCGCUAUCGCCAAAACAUCCAUUUCUGUUGCGCUACUCCGACUAGCCGUGCACAAAAUGCAUCGCAUUAUUCUCUGGACAGUCACUGGUCUAGUGAUUCUGGCCGGGCUGAUGAUCUGGCUGGUCUUCCUCGCCGGCUGCCAACCGAUCUCUCAUUUCUGGUUCUAUGUCAACCCAAAUCAUCAUGGAAGAUGCAUAUCGCGACAAGUCCUUUUGGAUCUUGGCUAUGUGUACAGUUCUCUCAUCGUGUUCUCCGAUAUAACGCUCGGAAUAAUGCCUGCUGUUCUGCUGUGGGAUCUUCAGAUGAAUCGUUGGACGAAGGUUGCACUAGGAGUCGUCCUCGGCUUGGGAGCCCUAGAGAGCGUGGCCGUAAUCAUCCGAAUCCCGUACCUGCACACAUACGACGACCCCAACCUUCUCUAUGCUACCUAUCAAAUCGACUUCUGGUCAAUCAUUGAGAUCGGAAUUGGUAUCACCGCUGGAAGUCUCGCCACCCUCCGACCACUACUCCUCUUGUUUCUGGAUACCCGUUCCUACUAUGCUGGCACUUCCCCCGCCGCAAAACGCGGCAAAAGCCGUGGCGAACAAGCACACCCCCUUUCGAGCCUGACAAAAGAUGGUCAACGGAGGCGAUUGAAUGACCCAAACAUUUGGCCUCCGGACUUUGCAGGAAAUAAGACGCACAGUCGCUUGGUCACAAUUGUUUCGUCCAGGUUGAGCUUUGCCGGUAGUAGUCAGGAAGAGUUGGACCUGGACAGAAGGCCAUGGCAGGGCCAAAAUCAGGUUAAUAUCUCCACGACAUUCAAGAUAUCCGAGGGAGGGGCAGAAGGAGCGGCGGAGAUGAUAUGAAUGAAUACCUAAUAUGCUACAUGGCGUCUAAUUACAUUUGAAAGUUCUAUUUUUUCAACUCUACUUCUUGCAUACUGAAUAUAUAUC